AUCAGUAACGAAAUUAAAUUUCUUAUUAAGAUAACAACCAGAUAACAUUUCAGUAUAUAUUCGAACACCUUUAUUAUAAAAACAACUCCUAAAUUGGAAGUAAAUAAUCAAUUUUACCACUUAAGUGUAAAAUAAUUUAAAAUUAUGGCCGAUUUAGAUGAAAACUUAAAAAUACUAGUUUCAAAUCACGCUAAAAACUUAGCAAUAAAAAAUAUAACAAUGAAAAUAUCAAGUGGUUGCAAUAAAGGAGAAAACUUUCUCGGUUACAUCACCAAAGUAAUAAUUCACGGAACAAAAAAAGAUGAUUCUAGCAAAAAAACCUACAAUUUAAUCAUAAAAACAGCCCCACAUUCAGAAAUUUAUCGAAGAAUGUUCAACGUGGAAUUAGCUUACGCAAGAGAAGCCUACAUUUACGAACAAGUCCUCCCGAUUUUCAAACAAUUCGAAAACGAAAAAUCAAUUCAAUCACCUUUCAAUGAAUACGCCAAUUUCGUCGCUUCAUUUUUGGAACCUUUAAAAGAAAACAUACUAAUGGAAGAUAUGAAAAGUUACGGCUACGUCAUGAGAAAUCGACAACGUCCCUUAGAUUUACAUCAUGUUAAAUUAGUAAUAAAAGCUUACGCGAAAUUACACGCUUUAUCUUACGCCUUAAAAGAUCAAAAACCGGAUUUGUUUAAGAAUUUGGCGGAAAACACCGUUGAUGUUUUCGGAAAAUUAAUGAAAAAGGAUGCGUAUUUAACUCAGGAGGGAAUUAUGAAUAAAGCAAUUAAAUCUUUUGAUAAAGAAAAUGAUUCUGUGGAGAUGAUUGAAAUUUUCGAAAAAUAUACUAAAAAUUAUAUUGAAUUGCAAAUUGAAAAGUGCCAAGAAGUAAAUCAAUAUUCUGUUAUUGGACAUGGAGAUAGUUGGGUUAAUAAUAUGUUGUGGAAAUACGAAGAUUUAACCAGACCAACAUAUCCAACAAAAUUAUGUUUAUUAGACUGGCAAUUAUCAAGAUAUUGUUCCCCAGCUUGUGAUUUAUCUUAUUUCCUCUUUACUUGUACCAGCAAACAAUUUCGAGAUAAAUACUACGACCAAAUGAUUAAGUUUUAUUAUUACACUUUAUCAGCUUAUUUAGUCGAAUUAGGAAGCGACCCACAAAAGUGUUUACCUUUUGAGGCUUUGCAAGAAGAACUUGAAAAGUUUUCGGUGGUUGGAUUAUACAUGACAUUGCUGGUAUUGGAUGUUAUCACAAAAUAUAACCCAAAUCUUGCCGAUUACAAAGAUGAUUUUGAAGAGGAACCAAUUACUUUAACGUGCCCUAACGAUAGAUAUAAAGAGAGAGUUCGUGGUGUUAUCAUUGAUUUUUACGAAAAAGGAUAUUUUAAUUAUUAUUCGAUCAAAACUUUCCUGCGUUUCAAUCCAAUUCGAUUUAUAUUUCAAGAUUUAUCCAAUAUGGAAUGUAAUAACUGCGAAAAUUGCGAUUUAAAUCAAACUUCUUGUGAUGAAGUUAUUGAAAAAGUUUCCUCUGAGAAUGAGGCUACCCCAUCACCACCAACCCUCGACGUUCUUCACGAAGACGUUAAAAACUACAUUAUCUCCCACUUAGAACAACAAGGUUACAAAGACAUAACAAUAAACGUUGAAAUAGGAAGUAGUUUAGGCGAUAAUUUCAUGGGAUUUAUCGGAAAAUUAACGAUAACCGCUCUAAAUCAAUCAAACGAGCCAAAAACGUUUAAUUGGAUCGUAAAAGCAGCUCCAAAUCUCGAAACUUAUCGAGCCAUGAUGGAUAUAUCCAUAUCUUACAAACGAGAAUCGUUUCUUUAUAGUGAAGUUUUUAAAACUUUCCAAGAUUUUCAAAAGGAAAAAGACAUUUUAGAACCAUUUAACAAUCACGCUAAACAUAUUUUAUCUUAUCUAGAACAUUUAAAGGAAAGCUUAGUUCUGGAAGAUAUGAAACAAUUAGGUUACGUUAUGCGCCCUCGUCAAGAACCUUUAGAUUGGAAUCAUGUUAAACUCGUGAUGAAAGCUUACGCAAAAUUUCAUGCUGUUUCGUAUGCUUUGAAGGAUCAAAAACCGGAUGUUUUUAAGAAAUUAAGUGAUAAUUGCAAAGAUACUUUUAGAGAUACGAUGAUGAAAGAAUCUGUAAUACAAGCUCAAGCCCCAAUGAUAAAAAUGGGGUUGAAAGCUUUAGAUCCGAAAGUUGAUGGAAAACUUAUAAAGAUUUUUGAAAAAUUUAUUGAUGAUUACCCAAAUAUUUUAUUAACUCUCUUAGAUGAUACGAACAAUCAAUCCGUAAUCGGACAUGGAGAUAGUUGGGUGAAUAAUAUGUUAUGGAAAUACGAUAAUGAAUUAAAUAAUAUACCCAAAAAAGUAUGUUUAUUAGAUUGGCAAUUAGCACGUUUCGGUUCUCCAGCUUGCGAUUUAUCCUACUUUAUUUUUACUUGCACCUCAAAACAAUUAAGAGAUAAACAUUAUGAUGAUAUGAUUAAAUUAUAUUACUACACUUUAUGCGCGCAUGUUAACGAAUUAGGAACUGACCCCCAAAAGUAUUUAACUUUCCAGCAACUUGAAGGAGAAAUGAAAAAGUAUUCAGUGGUUGGAUUGCUUUUGACCGUUAUGGUUUUGUGUAUUAUAACGAAAGAUAGCAGUGAAAUUCCCGAAUGGAGAUCGGAUGAUAUUAAUAUGGAGGAAGCUCAGGAACAAUGGACUCAAUCUGGAAAAAAUAGCCACAUAUAUAAUGAAAGAGUUCGAGGAGUUUUGGUAGAUUUUUAUGAAAAAGGUUAUCUAAAAAUUGUAGAAGAGAUGUAAUUGAAUGUUUUAUUUAAUUAAGUUAAUGUUUUAAAUUAAAAACCAUAUAACCUCAAAAAU